CAAAUGUAACCGGUAACCUGUUCUUCCGGUUACCCCCUUGUACACGUUAGGAACUUGAAUCUUGUAAACCCUAAUUACGUUAAUCAACAUCAUCACUCCAAAUUGAGUAUCAAUCCUCGUAUGUUUGGGUUCAACAUGUCCAAUUCGAUCUUAUUCCUAUGCUAACACACACUAAUUUCACAGAUUUUCUUCCUAGGGUUUGAAUAAAACCCUAAAUCGCAUUACAUUUCAGUCAGAAUGGGCGCAUUAGCCAGUAAUCGCAACAAGCGUGACGCAUCAUCUCAAUCUCCCGAUUACAAUCUUCACAUUGCUAAGAAACUCAAAUGUUCAUCUCAAAUAGAUUCAAAGAAAGUCUCAAGAAGUUCUGUAUCAAGACUCAGUCUUUAUCCCCAAAAGAUAACACCAAUUACUAGAGAAGUUCAUGCUCCUUGUAGAUUCAUCAGUGGGUUUCUAAAAAGAUUGUUUACUUAUUCAAGUGGAAUUGUUAGACAAAAAUCUGUUGUUUCUGGUGAUCAUAUGGGGAAUGCUCUGUAUGCUAAGUAUUCUAAGUAUUCAAAGUAUAAUUUUGCAAAGGAAUCUGCAAAUGGUAGGUGUAAAGAUGUUGUUUUUAAAGAGGAUAAUGAUGUUGUUGAGGUUAUUAAUGUUGAUGAAGAUGAGAGUGUUGAAGAUGAUGAUGAGGAGGAGGAUGAUUCGGGUAGUUCGAGUGUUGAUGUGGUUGAAAUGGUGGAGGAUGAGAGAGAAUGUAGUAAUGUUUCGGUUGAGACGGAACAGAUAGUGGCAAGAUAUAGGGAGUUGGAUCGAAAGGGGGCGUCUACUUCUUCGUUGAAUCAUCGGGGUUCGGAUGAUAUGGAUGUAGAUGUGGGUUUGCCUUUACAUAAGAGGUUGAUGAAUGAAUGUGGUGAGAAACGGAAUUUAAGUUUGAGGAGAUUAAAGUUUGAUAUUAAGGUACUAGAGACAAAGCGAGCUUUACUUCAACAAUCGCGUCCUGCUAAGAAAAAAGAGGAUGUAGAAAAUGACCCUUUUAAGCCUCUUACCGAGGAAGAAGGUGACUUGGUUGCUAAUGCAUUAUCUUAUUCUAAUCGGAAUAAGGUUUUGGUCACUCACGAGAACUCAAAUAUUACGAUCACAGGGGAAGUUCUGCAAUGUUUGAGACCUUAUGCAUGGUUAAACGAUGAGGUCAUCAAUGUCUAUCUUGAGUUGCUGAAAGAGAGAGAAAAUAGGGAGCCCAAAAAGUUUUUGAAGUGCCAUUUCUUCAAUACAUUUUUCUACAAGAAGUUAGUUAGUGGAAGGAGCGGCUAUGAUUAUAAUUCAGUAAGAAGAUGGACUACCCAAAAGAAGUUGGGAUACGGUCUUCUUGAGUGUGACAAGAUAUUUGUCCCUAUCCACAAAGAAAUACAUUGGUGUUUAGCUGUUAUCAACAAAAAAGAAGAAAAAUUCCAGUAUCUUGACUCACUUGGAGGAGCUGACACGAAAGUAUUAAGAACGUUGGCCCAGUACAUUACAGACGAAGUAAAAGAUAAGACUGGUAAAAAUAUUGAUGUUACUUCUUGGGAGCAAGAGUUUGUCACCGACCUUCCCAAUCAAGAGAACGGGUACGACUGUGGUAUGUUCAUGAUUAAAUAUGCAGACUUCUAUAGCAGGGACAUAGGACUAUGCUUCAACCAGGAGCAUAUGCCAUAUUUUAGAGUGAGGACUGCAAAGGAGAUAUUGAAAUUGAGAGCCAACUGAAAGUUAUGGUGUGUUUUGCAGCCAUUUCAGAAAUUGCUAAUUUUUUUAGUUGAGGUUAGCUGAGAAUAUGAAGCCAAUAAUUUUUUUUUUUUAUCAAGGGCUUGUUUGGCUUCUUUUUCUUUUUAAAUUGAGUUUUGUAUAUCAAUUAUAUUAUAAAUUUUGAAUUUACAAAAUUAAUGAAAUACAUAUUUAUUGGUA